AUGGCCGACCCGUUCAAGGCGCGGACCUUGAAACGCAAGAAUGUCAAGGGUCUGGCCCUCAAUGCGACGCCGAAGUCUGCCGCCAAUCCCUCCGAAGGCGAUGCCCAGGUCCCAGGGGCAAUUGGCAAUGCCGACGGCAACCGUACAGAUACGCUCGAGAUCGGGCUGGAGUUCCGACUUGACCUGCGCAGCGAGGACCUGAUCACCAUGAAGGAGCUGGGUGCUGGCAACGGCGGCACCGUCUCCAAGGUGCGGCAUGCGUCGACUAACGUUGUCAUGGCGCGAAAGAUCAUCCGAGUCGACGCCAAAGAGAACGUGAGAAAACAGAUCCUCCGAGAACUGCGUGUAGGACACGAUUGUAACUCCCCCAACAUCGUGACUUUCUACGGCGCCUUCCAGAAUGAGGCGAGAGAUAUUGUUCUGUGUAUGGAAUACAUGGACUGCGGAUCUCUGGACCGCAUCUCGAAAGACUUUGGCCCCGUGCGAGUCGACGUGCUUGGAAAAAUCACGGAGUCGGUGUUGGCCGGUCUGGUCUAUCUUUAUGAGGUCCACCGCAUCAUGCACCGCGACAUAAAACCAUCCAACAUCCUGGUCAACUCGCGGGGCAACAUCAAGCUCUGCGAUUUUGGUGUCGCCACCGAGACCGUCAACUCCAUUGCUGAUACCUUCGUCGGAACCUCGACGUACAUGGCCCCGGAGCGAAUCCAGGGAGGAGCGUACACUGUGCGUUCGGACGUGUGGAGUGUAGGCCUGUCAGUUAUGGAGUUGGCCGUUGGGCGGUUCCCCUUUGACACCUCAGACGUCGCUGCCGGAGACCGUGCCAGCGCAGGGCCAAUGGGAAUUCUGGAUCUCCUUCAACAGAUCGUCCACGAAUCCGCACCCAAGCUGCCCAAGAGCGAUGCCUUUCCACCAAUCCUCCACGACUUCGUCGGCAAGUGUCUCCUGAAGAGGCCCGAGGAGCGCCCCACGCCACGAGAGCUUUAUGACAAGGAUGCAUUCUUACAAGCAGCGAAACGCACCCCGGUCGAUCUCCAGGAAUGGGCCAUCAGCAUGAUGGAACGGCACAACCGCAAGUCGUACUUGGCUCCUCCGGCGCCCAAAUCGCUCAAGGAGGGCGCAGCCCAAUCGCCAUUAACGGCCACAAUUUCGACCCCGAAGUCCAGCUCAACCAGCAGGACCUCAUCACGCACUCCAAACCCGCAGUAUACGACACCCACAUCGGGCGAAAUCCCCGUCGCCAACGACGUCUCCGGUAGCAGCCGCCAUUACAACCACCAUCCCUCCCAGCAAUCCGCCGUGCCCUCCCUACGAUCCGCGAGGUCCCCACCGCCUCUUUCACUGGAACACCUGUCUUUGGAAACGAGGGAUGCAGAAGACGCGCGCAGCAGCCGCCGCCCGGGCCGACACCUGGGUGACCCUACCUCCGCCGUUGAAGCAAGUUCUCGCCCAUUCAUGAGCCCGCGCUCCAUCAGCUCGCACAACACCAAGUCCCAGACAAACCUGCACUCCGCCACACUGCCAAUUCGCGCCGGACCGCCACCCAGCGGGCCUCCGCCGGCCCCUCCAGUGUCUGCGGGCCUGCGUGGCCGGCAGGGCUCGAACGGGACCACCUCAUGA